UCCCUGCGGCCGCCCUGGGCCCGCCCGCGGCGGGGCGGUGCCCGGAAGGCGGAAGCGACUGCGGCCGGGGCCGGGGCCAUGCGGGCGGCGGCGGCGGCGGCUGCGGCGGGGCUGCUGGGGGCGGCGGCGGCGGCGGCGGCGAAGCUGGCGCUGGGGCCGCGGCCGCUGCGGGGCGGCGCGGCGGCCGGCGGCUGGCUGGAUGUGCUGCUUCGAGGAGGCUGCUUUGGCUUGGUGUUUGCAUGUAAUGCGGUCAUGUGGACGGUCUUCGCAAAAGCCCUGCGGCUCUCCACCUCCUCGGCCGCUGCCUCAGUGACCACAACGGCCUCCAACUUCAUCUCCUCGGCCAUCCUGGGCAAGCUACUCUUUGGGGAGACAUGGACGCUUCUGUGGUGGGUCGGCCUCGCCGUGACGCUGGGUGGCCUCGUGCUGCUGCACACCACUGCGCCCCAGGCAGCGCAGCUGCUGCCAGAGGAGAAGGAGAAGUGAGGAGGACAGGAGGGUGCCCUGAGCGGUGCCACCCCUCAUGAGAAGUCGGCUGCCAGACCUGCUUCGCAUCCCCAGAAGGUGCUGACAGGCAAUGCCGUCCCAUAUGGACGUGGCGUGCUUAGCACUGCUGGACCGAUGGCGUUGGGUUAAGAGGAAGAGCACACCGUUGCGCACGUUCAACAUGUGGCGUUGAUAGGGGGCCAGUCCAGGAGUUGGGCAAAAUCUGCUCUCUCCAGACUUCUGGGCAGCUUGCCAAAUAAUUGUGGUUUCAUACUUAAAUAAGGCUGAGAUACGGUUUUGUGUGUUGCCAUUUGGCUGAACCAGAUUUCCUUCCCCUCCCGUUCGUUCUUGGGAGACCGGAGGGUCGUGCGGCUGUGGGAAAAACAGCUGUGGCAGUAGAUGGGAGAGCUGGAGAAGACACCAUUUCUUCUACCAAGGUGGGCUUGAUCCCCAGGGGCCUCCAAAAUGCUGGGCCUCCACUACUGCCUUGCAGGGCAGUUCCUUAAAACAGCUUUGAGCGGGAAGUUUCCCUUUUUCCCUUUUUAGCCUGGUAACAUUUUUGUUGUUGAUACCUCCUAAUUCUCCCCAUAUCCUCCUCAGCCCACACCCCAUUUCCAUCUUUUCUUUUUGCGACAGAGUGCCUACGCCAGUAACAUGCAUUCAGAGUCAUUACCCUCUUUGCGUGCUUAUCUGUUGAUUAGCAAAGGCAUGCACGCUACAUCUUUCCUGGUAGGUGAGCACCAGCAUUUCCAGAUGCAUGGUAGUGGUGAGCUCCUAUGGUCUGUCAGUAAUGACCGCUCCAGAGAGGUGGCCUCUUCUGAGUCAGUAUACUGGAAACGGAGACCAGGGGCUUAUCGGCCGCUCCUCUUCACAUCCCAUUGCUAUGGAGCUUCCUCCAUUUGGGGGUAGAAAAUUGAAAGUAAACGUGGUGGCUGUGGAAGGUUCCUGCACAUGGGUACUUUUCUGUACAAGGAACUGGCCUGAAACAGAAAAGGAAACAGAAAUAGCUGUUGAAGACUUCUGACAUAUCCGCUCUGCUAUUUAUGGUUUCCCUCCCUGCCUCUGGAAAUGCCCUGUGCUCGUCAUGUCUUCUCAUUGUCCGGGGAAGCGUGGAGCACUUAAUUAAUUCCUUCAGUUUCCCCAGUCAGUCACGUACACCUUCUCACGUGCUAUCCAUAUCUGCUGCCUGUACUUCCCACUUUCCCAUUCCUGACCUAGUGCUCAUUUGGAUGUAAGGUUGAUACAAUUAAGGCUUUUUUCCUUAAACUUAACCAGGAUGGAUUUUUGAUCACCGUCACUGGUUUCGCGUAGGUCAAACUGUGAUUUUAGUGAGAAGGGAACAGAGUGCACGUGAACCGUUAGCAGUUUUCGUUAAGGGUAUGCGUGUUCAGUGCAGGUUACAUGAUAAAAAGCUCUCCGCAAGUAGAACGAGCACAGCAAGCCCCUGGCAGGUGGGGGAACCCAAAUAAUCCUCUGCCUGGCUGCUCCUAGGCCCAUCGCAGGAGCACGCUCGGCCCAGCGAGGGCUCUCACCACCGCAAGCUCAGAAGAGCAUGGAGGCCUAGUGGCAGCCAGGGCACCCAAAUUACCUAUUCGGAGGAGCGACACCCCAUCCAGCUCCCCCAGGGCUCUUCCAGGGAGCCAUCAACCCCGUGAUGACACCUGGGGCGCGGGGGCCACGGAGGUGGCUCCCCUGAGCACCUUUUGGACUGGAGGGGUCCCUGCCUCAGGGAAUGGGACACGUUGCGGGACGCAGGGCAGGAGCAUUUGGGGAUUGCACAAGACUUCUUACGGGGUGCUUGGGGGAGGAACCAAAGGCAGAGAAAGGGAGGGAUCUGGGUGAUUUGGGGAGGAACAAAGGUGGGAAACUAGAGGGAUAAGAGGGCAAAAAGGGGGCUCGGCCGGGUGGAAAUGGGGCUGAUCGGUGCACUUGUCUGGCUAUGCACUGCCCCUGACCAGCACAGUCUGUCUUGUCUUCUUAUUAAAUCCAUUUCUAACUAUU